CGGGGGCCGGGCGGAGCGGGGCGCGCGGCUCUGUGCUGCUCGGCACGGCUCGGCUCGGCUCGGCUCGGCUCUGCACGGCUCCGCACUGCGUUCCCCGCCAUGGCAUCCAAGUGCCCCAAGUGCGACAAGACCGUGUACUUCGCCGAGAAGGUCUCCUCGCUGGGCAAGGACUGGCACAAGUUCUGCCUCAAGUGUGAGCGCUGCAACAAGACCCUGACGCCGGGCGGGCACGCCGAGCACGACGGGAAGCCCUUCUGCCACAAGCCCUGCUACGCCACGCUCUUCGGGCCCAAAGGGGUGAACAUCGGCGGCGCCGGCUCGUACAUCUACGAGAAGCCGCAGCUGGAGGGGCCGGCGGCGCCGGGCCCCGUGGAGCACGCCGCCCGCGCCGAGGAGAGGAAGGCGAACGCCGCGCCGCCCAAGGCGCCCAGCAAAGCCUCCGCCGUCACCACCUUCACCGGGGAGCCCAACAUGUGCCCGCGCUGCGGCAAGAGGGUCUACUUCGCCGAGAAGGUGACCUCGCUGGGGAAGGACUGGCACCGGCCCUGCCUCCGCUGCGAGCGCUGCAGCAAGACGCUCACCCCGGGGGGCCACGCAGAGCACGACGGACAGCCGUACUGCCACAAGCCUUGCUACGGGAUCCUCUUCGGGCCCAAGGGCGUCAACACCGGCGCCGUGGGCAGCUACAUCUACGACAAAGACCCCGAGGCGAAGAACCAGCCGUAGAGGGCGGCCGGCCGGCCCCCCGCCCCGCCACGCGCGCCCCAUUCGCCGGGGGCAGCGGCCGGCGCCGGCCCCGUGCCGCCCCGGCCGGGCGCCCUGCCCGCGCCCGCCCCUCGCCCUCCCUAAUACAGGCUUCUGCGUUGAAAGGCAAA